AUGCAUCUAUGUCAAACAAAAGCAACACUUAGACCAACCCAGCCAACAAAGUCGUGUGAAUCUCCGUAUAGCUGCCCCGCACCAUGUGAUGGUAUUUUGCAUAAUGCAGAUAACCUUACUAAUUCUGCGGAUAAUAGUUUUUUGAGUUCUUCUACAAAAGAUCCCUCCAGCAAUUCUAAUAUUGAUGACUCCAUGAAUGAGGUUCAAAGUCAUCUUUCCAUCCUAGGGUCAAAUAAUCAAAUCCGAUCACUUCCAAAGGAAGAGAAAGAGCAGUCUGAUGUCAUUAAGAAACUGGUUGAUUCUGGAAGUCAAAUGAGCGAUUUGACUUUACAAUGUAUGGAUAAUUAUUACGAUGAUGAAGAUGACGAUGCCUUGUUAGCAAGAGAGUUCAAUCAACAACCUGUAGGAUUUGAGGGUAGUCCAGGCGAUUGUGAAUCGGGAGAUUAUGAUAUUGGAACAUUUUCCCUUACUUCAGUUGAUGGUAGAGCCGUCAAAGAAGAGUCCAUUCCUCUUUUUGCACGUUACCGACCCUCUCCACCUCCUCCACUUUCCAGAGGACAAAUACUAUUUUCUCCUAACUUACGUAAUCAGUCGUUAGAAGUUUCAGAGCAACCGUCAAGGUUUAUCAGUUCGGAGUGUCUUCCACCACAGAUCAAAGGGUAUUCUCAACUUAAAAUGAGUGAUUUAGAAACUGUCGACGAUGAUAACCCAUCUAGUCGCAGAUGGUUCUCUGAGGAUGAAGCUGGUGACGUAAACCAAACUUUAUAUCAUCGUGUUAUGGAGGAACCUUCACCUUUUGUUGGUUUGUCUACAACGUUGUCCCCUAUUGCACUCACGUUGGACACGGGUGUUAUAACUUCUUCGUCGCUCUCUUUGUCUUCAGCUUUAUCCAGAGUAGCUGCAGAUGACCAAGUUUCAUUUCGACUUACCACUUCAUCUAGUACAAGAAAUAGUGCUAGUACUAAUCCUGUUAAUAGUCCACCUUUACAAGCUUCAACAUCAUCUUCAUAUGGUCAACUUAGUCAGCCUAUUUGUGAUAGCCGACCACUUACCUCAGUUACUUAUAAUUCAGACCCAGUAAUUUCUUCUUGUUCCAAAAUAACUUUCUCUCAUAUCCCAGAUGACCCUUCUAUUAGCGCUCGUCAAAGAUUAAUGGGAGCGUCCGCUGCAGCAGCUAUAUUGGCUGCAUCAGCAUAUGCUGCGCAAAACUACCCUGCGAAAUUGAACAACUACAAAGACAUGGUCAAUUUAAAGGAGCAGGAUGUGAUUCAUUUACGUCAGUUACCACAACACUCAGCAUUAAUUAAUGACCUUUGUCUAAAUUCACCACUUUUACAAAUCCAAUCAAGCUCACACACUGCGAUGUCUUCUCUCAGACGCCGUGAUCCUUGGUCCAUUCCUUUAAGAAAAAUGUCUGUAAAUCUAAUACAAACGUACAAGCACAUAAACGAGGUGUACUAUCGUAAGAAGCGACGACUUCGCGAACAACAGCGUCAAACAAAUGAAGCUUCUGCUACAGUUCCUGAAGUACCUUACCUUCAAAAAGUUCGCUCACCUGAAAAUGAUCUAUUGCUUGGUGAUCACCUGGAUUCAUUUUGGAGGAUGCCGGAUAGUAGUGAAGCGUGUAUCAAAACACAACCAAUGUAUGACCAUGGCACUUUGGGUGGUAUUACUAGGACCACAGAACACCAAUCAUUUCCUUCAGGUGUUUCAGUUCAACAUAGUUCUACAACUAACAAUGCUAUGAACGUGCCCACAAAUUACAAUGUAGGUUCAGCUGUUCAGUCACAAACGUUUCCAUGCAACAAUUCUGUUGUGUCUUCCAAAAGCUCGCCUCACCCUCGACAUCGGGCCGUGCCGAAUGUACUUCGAGUGAAUCCAGAUCAAAUAGUACAACCUUAUCUAUAUGAUUCAACCACGUUAAAUGGAGUAACAAAUCGUUUUUCUACACUAGAUAUUUCUGAGUCUAUCUAUGACACCGGUAAUUCACAAGUAGACUCAAGAUUCAUGCCUGUUACCCUCAAUAAUGUUUGGCUACCAACAAGCAGUUCCGGUGCAACUGCAACACAUAUUUCUAGACCACUCCUACUAGAAAGUGGGAAGUCGGUAGUUCGUGACCAAAGAGACCCACGUGGUUCUACUAACCAGAGAGAUACUGAGCCACAUUCCACACAUUUGCAACACAUAUUCCCAUAUCAAUCUUUUCUGCCGUCAAAGACAGACUUUCCCACUUAUAUGGAGCAAAAUCCAUUGUCUCUAGACAACAACAUUCGUUCAAAAAACUCAUCUCAAAUCCCUCUGUGUCUUUUGUCAACAACAGAAGCUAGGAAUACCAGUAUCACCACCACCGAAGGAUUUUAUCAGAAUCAAUUCAAUUUAGAUAUUACGAAACCAAUCAAUCCACAUCAUUCAAUUUCUUUCCCGGUUGGAAAUUUCAGUUCCUCGAAUUGUACACAUAACAAUAGUUUCAGAUCGUCAGCAUGUUAUUAUAAUUUAACACCGCUUGAUUCAAUAUCCCCGACUAAUAGUCGAAUAUCUGGGAUGUUUUUAAAUACGCAUCAACAUACUGCAAAUACGUGUCCUAUUAGUCAUAGUCAAAAUAAUUUGGUGUCAACUUCUGUAACUUCACCGUCUUAUAUGUCUGGUUUUCGUCAACGUUUCGACCUCACGUCACAAAGUCAAGAUGCUUUAGCAAAUACAAGAACAUCACCGCAUGAUAACAUCCUUGGGGUUACUAGCAUUAGUCCUACCAGCCCGCUUUUGCCAUCCAUUUUUUCCGGUCACGUGUCUAAUCCAGCUUUAGUUACAUCUUUAAGUACAUGCGUUGCACGACCUCAUGAAGGCAAUGUAAAUCAGCUGUAUCCACUUGGUUUUUCUACUAAUGAAGUGUUGCACUCUUCCUAUGCACAAAAUGCUCUGUCAAAAUCCACAAAUGUUACAUAUGUAAAUCAACCUAUGUUUUUCAACUCGGCACUGUCAAAUCAGUUUGUUCACCGUUCUGGUAUAAAUCAAAUAGGAACCAAGGUGGCGAUCACAAACUCAGACAUUCCUGGGACAUCAGCAACAGUCUUAUCAGCAGCUAGUGCAGCAGUUCAACAAUCAUCUGUGAUAUCUGGUUCAAGCAAAAUUAAUAUAGUAAAUAGUUCUACUAGUACUACUACUACUACUACCACUCAUCAUGUAGAUCGUCGUCAUACAGAUAGCAAUUAUGAUUACAUUGUUAGGCCCGGUGAGGUAUGGAUGGGACAAUACUUAAUUAACAAUCUUAUUGGGAAAGGAUCGUUUGGUCAGGUAAUGAAAGCACAUGAUUGUAUUUCAAAUGAAGAUGUGGCUAUUAAAAUUAUCAAAAAUAAACGUGCAUUCACUAAUCAAGCUCAAGUGGAAAUUCGUUUGCUACGUGAAAUGAAUCAUUUUGUUGAAGAAGCUGCUGAAACUGGGAAAGAACCACCACCUGGAUCUAAUUUGAUUGUUCGUUUACUUACUCAUUUCACAUUCAGAGGUCAUUUGUGUCUAGUAUUCGAGUUACUUUCAUACAAUUUGUAUGAUCUUUUAAGAAAUACAAAUUUUCAUGGUGUUUCAUUGGGUUUAACAAGAAAAUUCGCUCAACAAUUAUGCUGUGCAUUAGAUUUUUUAUCUAGACCUGAAUUACAAAUCAUACAUUGUGAUUUAAAACCGGAAAACAUUCUACUUGUCAAUCCUAAACGCUCAACCAUAAAAUUAGUGGAUUUCGGAAGCUCUUGUCAUAUGAAUGAGAAGAUUUAUCAAUAUAUCCAAUCACGCUAUUAUCGUUCGCCAGAUGUUCUACUAGGAUUAGAUUAUACAAUGAGUAUUGAUAUGUGGUCUCUGGGAUGUAUUCUAGUUGAAUUACAUACUGGGGAACCUUUAUUCGCUGGACAAAAUGAGGUUGGACAAAUGAUGAAAAUUAUUGAAGUUCUAGGUAUGCCACCCCGGUUACUACUAGAAAAAAGUCGUCGCUGGCAUGUAUUUUUUGAACGAACAGUUGAUCGCACUUAUGUACCUAAAGCUGCUUGCCAGCAACCAGGUAGUCGUCGUCUUUCCGAAAUUUUGGGUGUCAAUACUGGAGGACCACGUGGGCGACGUUUACAUGAAUCUGGUCACACCCCAAUGGACUACAGCAUAUUCUUGGAGUUUGUACUGCGAAUGCUUACUUUCGAUCCAGCUCGACGCAUUAGUCCUGCUGCAGCAUUAGGUCACCGGUUUUUUCGACGUUCAAAUUCAAAUCCAGUGCCUUCUGGUGCCAACGUACUACAAUCGGGUCAGUGUGAUUCUGUUUCAAACGCUCCAGUUCUAGUUUGUCCCCCUCCUAACCAUUGGGCCAAUUUUGUCGAUAAUCCAACAUCUAAUCUAGUGCAUAAUCAUUUGAAUAACUUACGAGUUUCUGGACACUCUGGUGUUGGUUUGGUCAAUCGAACAACUGAACAUUUAGAACUCAUGCGGAUUCAACAACAACCCAUGCGAAGUGCAGUCACUGGUUCUGUUAUGGUUUCACAGCCUCGCUCCAUCCCAAUUAUAUCUAAUGAUGGUGUGAUAACACAAAUUGCUGAACCGCUCUCACCUCUUUUAUAUGGAUAUCACGGACCAUUUCAUGUUCAUUCUAAUCCAGGUCCUCUACCUCUUCAAAUUUCUCGUGUCAACCCAACGCACCUUAUGCAAGGCGUUCAUUGCUUACCCUCGGUAAACCAAACACAUACUAUGCCACCCACAGCAAUUUCAACUACUUUUACCGAUUCAACUCACUUUCAUCAUCCAUAUUAUAUCGAAUCUGGAAUGUAUGCUUAUCCUCAACAACCUAUCCAAUUAACAUGGAUCAGUGGUUUAGGUGAACAUCAUUCAACUAGUUCUACCGCAUGUCUUACAUCGCCUGAUAUAAUGAAUGUAGCUUCUGCUUCUCCCGGAGUUUGGCGUUAA